GAAUGAGAAGCGACCCUUGUUAGCAUGUGGGCCCCAAACUUGUCCUGCCCUCUGCUUGCUGACGUCAGGUGGCUAGGGUUUGUUCGGACUACGUGAGGAGCUGAAAAGGAAAGCAGCGCCAUGCGAUUCCCUCGGGCUCUGAUCGAGGGUCACGAAACGCUCUGAAGUGAACCGACAGUUGAAGGCGUCGUUGUCGAAUGUCGGUUUUAUACGCCUAUUCAAUUCACGGAGAAGCUAGCUGACAUUUUUCGUGAUGAAAUUCAUUAAGCUGAGAAACGGAUGAGGCAGCUACGUUGUCUGUUUCUCGCUUGUUGUGGUGUGACUGGUGGAACACUUCCAAACUUAGCUUCUGUAACGCUGCAAGCAUGGAAGAGGAACGCAGACUGGAAAACUCGGUCGACCUGGAGCGGGACCGACAGUACUGUGAGCUUUGCGGGAAGAUGGAGAACUUGCUCAAAUGCGGCCGAUGCCGAAACUCCUUCUACUGCAGCAAGGAGCACCAGAAACAGGACUGGAAAAAGCAUAAGCAGAUUUGCAAGGAGGCCGACAAAUCACAGAGUGCUCCGCAACCCGAACCACCACAGCAGGCGUCCCGGGACGGAAAACCAGGACAACGGCAGCUGUUGCAAAAGAACGGCGCGGAACAGGACAGCACGGCUUCCCAAAGCGCAGCGGACUCUGGGCCCAUCAACCCACCGGCGGACGAGCGAAGAGUGGGAGAUUUUAUCACUUGUUCUGAGGGCUCUGGUAGUACUACCGCCGACAGCAAGCAGGGAGGAGACGGGGUUAACAAUAACACGAAAGCCAACGGCCAAACGAGAUCUUCUCCGCAAAAACUAGCUUUGGAAUACAUAGUUCCAUGUAUGAACAAGCACGGAAUAUGCGUUGUAGAUAACUUUCUUGGAGAACAGAUCGGACUGUGCAUUCUGGAGGACGUGAGAGCCCUUCAUCAAACCGGUAAAUUCACUGACGGACAGCUGGUCAGUCAGAGAAGCGACUCUACCAGAGACAUACGGGGAGACAAAAUAACGUGGAUUGAAGGAAGAGAACCGGGGUGCCAGAAGAUAGCUUUUUUAAUGAGUCGCAUGGACGAUCUGGUCAGACACUGUAAUGGGAAACUCGGAAGCUACAGAAUUAACGGAAGGACAAAAGCUAUGGUGGCGUGUUACCCCGGCAACGGCACAGGCUACGUACGUCACGUGGACAACCCGAACGGAGAUGGGAGAUGUGUCACCUGUAUAUAUUACCUUAAUAAAGACUGGGAUGCCAAGAAACACGGAGGUCUGCUCCGGAUCUUUCCGGAAGGAAAAGCCCAGUUCGCCGAUAUCGAGCCCAAAUUCGACAGGCUGCUGUUUUUCUGGUCGGACCGACGCAACCCUCACGAAGUGCAGCCGGCCUACGCCACUAGGUAUGCCAUAACCGUCUGGUAUUUUGAUGCUGAAGAGCGAGCAAGGGCUAAAGAGAAAUACCUAACAGGUACUGGAGAGAAGGGGGUGAAGAUGGACCUGAAUAAAGCCUCGGACCCCAGCUAGUAAGACGGAGGGGGGGGGGCGACUCAAAACCCCCACCCGCUCCACCUCCCUGGCACAUCUGCUGAGUUCUGGAAAAUCGUGGAUGAGAGUGAGAGAGAGGAAGAGGAGAAAGCGAGGGAGAGGGAGGGAGAGAGAGUGAAAGAGAGAGAUGAAAUGUCAGGGGAAACUGGACACUGACCUGCGUCUGCUCUUGCUCCUCACAUCUAACACUGCUAAACGCACUGACCAUGAAUGUGGUGAUGAUGAUGAUGAUGAUGAUGACGAUGAUAAAGCUGCACUGCAAGGACUGUUAAUUCUCCAUGCCCUCUGAAUUUGCGUAUUUGUUUAAUUUCUUUUUUUUUUCUUUUUGCGAGGAAUUCUGACAGCUGGGGGAAAAUUUCGCCUGAUGAUUGGAUCUAAACUGGGGAGGAAAUGUAAGGUUUAUUCGGAGAACAAGCUCUCCCAGUCACAUCAGCUUAUUGGUUGAGUUUACCGUCCCAUUUUGUUUUCAUGCUAACUCCUUAAAUAAAAAAAGGUACAGUUGAUUGAAUUCCUCCAAAUGGGUUUCAGGGUCCUUUUAAAGGGAAGGAGUUGUGGGGUUUUUUUUUCCUGUAAGCUCUUUGAGUUAGGAAAUGAACGUCAUUAUAACCUUUUUAACCUCACUUUAAUACAGAUUGGCUGCUUUGCUCUUGUGCUGUGUUUAUCUGGCCUGGAAUCAUCGCUUGGUAAUGCAGUGUCCUCCGAUAGCUAUGCUACACCAGUAAUCUUGUCUGUUGUUGCAGACCUAGUCACCGUUGUCUUAAAAACCAAAACCAACACCUUCUACUUAUCUUACAGAUUAAAUUUUAAAUAAAAAACUGGUUUUUGAAGUGA